AUGGCGUUUGAUGUGGUGUUUUACCAGAUGUCUUGGCAAAGCCCUGCCUUAGAGGAGAGACAGCAAGCCCUCUCAGAGACGUGCUCAGAGUGGACAAAUCAUGCUAAUUGUUUGGGAAAGAGAGCGAGCGUUAGACCCAAGAUGAAGGCAGAGAGGGAGGCUUUCUCCAAAGCAUUAGCUGCUCCCGCGCUAUCGCUCUUCUGGUGCUUCAUCACCUUGCUCCCGCUAGCUGAAAACAGUACUUGUUUACUAUUAAGAGAAACUUCCUUAACACCACGUUCCUGCAACACAGGGGAUGUGGAAGGGGUGAACAUCACCAGUUUUGGGCCCCUUAUCCGGGGAACGGUGGGGGGAGAAGCUCUGCUUUCCGUCCGUUACUCCAGCACCAGUCUGGACCCCCCUGUCAUCAAAUGGCAGCUAAAAAGAGACAAACCCAUCACAGUGGUCCAGUCCAUUGGAACAGAAAUCAUCGGUAACCUGAGACCGGAAUACAGAGACCGGAUCCUGGUGUUUGAGAAUGGGACCCUGCUGCUUCACAACCUCAAACUGUCAGAUGAAGGCACCUACGAGGUGGAGAUCUCCAUCACGGAUGACACGUUCACCGGAGAAGGGAGCAUCGAACUCACCGUGGAUGAGCCUGUGUCCAGGCCCUACGUGCAGGUGGUGGCCUCCUCCGUGCUGGAACUGACCGAACACUUCACACUCAACUGCUCCCAUGACACCGGAACCAAGACGGCUUACAGCUGGACCAAGGGAGGGAAGCCACUACUGAAUGAAUCCAGGCUUCUGCUGUCGACGGACCAGAGGGUCCUGACCAUCACGCGAGUUCUUAUGGACGAUGACGACAUUUACAGCUGCCUGGUGGAGAACCCCCUUGGCAGCAUGAAAAGCCUGCCCAUCAAGAUCACUGUAUACAAGAGAAGUUCCCUCUACAUAAUUUUGUCUACUGGCGGUAUCUUCCUCCUCAUUACCCUGGUAACGGUGUGUGCUUGCUGGAAACCCUCAAAAAAAACAAAGCGACAGAGGCCAAAAACAAAGAUAAAAAGAGUGCCAAGUCACCACAUCAGGCAACACGAAGACAAAGGUUUAGAAGAUGAGUUCAUUCCUAAAAUCACCGAUGUGGAGCGCAGAAAUCCUGUGGCACUUUAUAUCCUCAAAGACGAGGAUUCGCCCACUGGUGAGCCAGAGACAUCAUGUACAACGUGCAACACCUCCAACGGUAGCAGCCCCCCCAGCUACAACAGUUCGCUGCCCCCACCUUCCCGUUCACCUGACCCUCAAAAAAGUCCUCCAGCGCGUUCUUCACGCCGAUAUCCACGCACCCCCACCAACUCACCUCCAGUGCACCAUCACAGAAAACGGAGCCAGAGUCCUCCUACCCCCUCUUCUCCUCGUACCCGAAGCUCUAACCGCUCCUACCGUCCUCCGGUGGUGCCUCCUCCCACCAGACCACCUGAGGAGUCCACAACCCCCACACAUGAACUCAAUACGCCCGCGGAUACCUGA